GUCAGUUGUCGCUCUCUCUGCGCUCUGCCCGUCAGCACUGAACUGUUGCUGCUGCUGCCUGGGCUUUUCCUCAUGCCUGGACCGGAGCGCCAACCCCAGCAGAAUGAGCACUGCUGUGCCAGUGGAGACUGCCAGAGACACUGUGGAGGAGAUGCAAGUGGACAUGGUGCUAGGUGAGGAAGAAGGGAUGGAGGUGGACACAGAAGAGCAAGUUGAGGAGAUGGAAGUCGACAUGGAGGAUAAUAUUGAGGAGAUGGAAGUUGAUGAGGAGGAAAAUAUCGAGGCGAUGGAAGUGGAUGAGAAUGAUGAGGAGGAGCCCAUGGUCCUUGGAUGAAGAUGGAGUCCCACAAGCAAGAAAGGCAGAUCCUCCCCAUGCCCUGCCCACAGACACAGUG